AUGGUAGAACGUCGGCUGAACAAAAGCCUACCCUACUGUCAUCUGGAUAUUCAGAGUCUCGUGACAGAGUACGUUGGUGGUUUUUCCGUGGAGAGGACGCUUAAACUGUUUCCGCGCAAGCGUCUGCCCGAGGUGAUAGCGAGAACGUACUUCCGUCAACUGAUCUCGGCGGUAAUUACGCUGUACGAUCACGAUAUUCUUAUCCGUGAAAUUAAGAUCGAAAGUCUCCAACUCACGCCUGAUAUGCGGCAUAUUAAAAUUGUAGAUUUUUCCUCGGCUGUUCUCCUUCCACCUCCAUCGGACCUUUCCAAUAAGGAACUAACGCCAGAGUACUCAGCUCCAGAACUCCUUGAGGGAUGCGAGAAUUUUCGGGCUGAAAUUUGUGUUUGGAAUCUGGGCAUCAUUUUGUACUACCUCAUCGUCGGAACCCUGCCCUUCCAGUCGCCUUACUUCGACCACAACCGACGCAAACGCAUCAUGCGUUUUACAGCUAGAGGGCUGACCUACAAGCACGCGCAGGCAAUGCAGCAUCUGACACAGACCUGCAAAGUAUUCUUGCGCCAGACCAUUGAACCCAAAGCAAUCCUGCGGAUACCGCUGUGGGAAGUGCCCCAGAACGAAUGGGUUACCCAUCAGGGGAAGUUGGUCUUCCAGCCCUUUAGACCCUGCGGCAUGCAUAUCAAGUCGGAGUUUGAGACGGCUUGUGUGAGUUUAUAA